AAAAUAUCAUCUACAAAUUAGUUGGAGCUCUGUCUUAUUUUUAAUUUUGUUUUAUUUGGAUUCGAAUUUGAAUUAUUUGAAAGGUCUCGAUUUCAGAAAAAAUUUGAAUAUACAUUUCAAGGCUAUUAUCGAUUAUUCCUGUUCAGAGUUCACUUAUAGAUUGAUAAAAUACUUUCCCUUUCUUCCAAUUUGAUUCCAAUUUCCAAUUCCCCUGUGCCUGUGCAUAACAAGUCUCUUAGUUUAUCAAUAAAUUAACCAAAUAAUCAGAAAUGGAACCCACAAUAGAUGAUAUAAAUUCUCUUAGAAAAUCAGUUCUUGAAAAAAUCAACUCUGCUGGGGAAGAUGCUGUUCACCCUAAAGAUUUACAUCGAUUAAAAACUGAUGAUAAUUGGGUUCGUAGAUUUCUGAAGCAUAAUGAAAUGAAUCAAAAUGAAAGUAUUCAAAUGCUUUGGAAUGUAUUGGAAUGGAGAAAAGAAAAUUCUGUCAGUGAUAUUAGUGAAAAAAAUAUCAAAAUGGAUAUUUUGAUACUUGGAGGAUUUUUUCCAAGGGGUACAGAUAUUGAUGGUGCUACACUUCUGAUAUUUAGAUGUAAAAAGUAUGUGAAAAAUCAGUUUGAUGGUAAUGAUAUCAGAAGAUGUGUACUCUACUGGAUGGAAAGAUUAGAGAGGCAAACAAAUGGAAAACAAAUAACUCUAUUUUUUGAUAUGGAAAAAUGUGGUCUAUCAAAUAUGGACUUAGAUUUUACCAAAUAUUUGAUAGGUCUUUUCAAGGAUUAUUAUCCUUAUUUUUUAAAUUAUGUAAUAGUUUUUGAAAUGCCUUGGAUAUUAAGUGCUGCCUUUAAAGUGAUAAAAAGUUGGUUGCCUGAAAAAGCUGUGAAGAAAAUUAAAUUUGUAUCUAGAUCGGAUUUGAAGGACUGGGUUCCUUUGGAUCAAGCAUUGGUUUGUUGGGGUGGUGAAGACAACUACUCCUUCAGUUUUGUAUCAGAAAGUCCAGCUAAGGAAGAAGUAGUUAAUUACAACAAUAACAGGAAGGUCCGUUUCGACGAUGGCACACAAAUGUCAGACGUAGGGAGUGCUAUUACCGUUUCUGGAGAAGAUGGAGCUCUUCUCAGAGUUGUCAGUCCAGAAGGAUUACUCAAGUUCAACAAAGAUCUGGACAAUGAAUACAUUUGCAACUUGGUACUGCAAAACAUUUCUACCUCUGAUGUAUCCUAUAAGGUAAAAACCACUGCCCCUGAAAAAUUUAGGGUGAGACCAGGUAUUGGAAUUUUAACACCUGGUUCAAAAGUUGCAGUUAAUAUUUGUCUUCUGGCAGGCUAUAGGACCAGCAGCAUUUCUAAAGACAAAUUUCUCAUUCUUAGCUCCAUUGUAGACAGUGCAGAAUUGACUAGCGAAGAAAUCAGCAAUAUUUGGAAGACAACUUCUGCCAAGAAAGAGAACCAAAUUCACCUGAGAUGUGCACCGGUGGCAGAAGCAAUCAAAAAUGGAUCUGCACCGCACAUAUCUUCCGAAGUCGAACCAAAUUUAGGAAAAGUUACUGCCACUUUACAAGAUAUAAGACGAAAUCAAUUAGAACUCCAUCAGAGCAUCAAAUCCAUGAUGUACAUACAAAUUUCUCUACUAAUUAUCGUUAUAGCUGCUGUUCUGUAUCUCAUAACCUCAAACAAUAAUCAACAGCUUUCGCCUGAUAGGGGAAGUGGUGCGCUAUAGCUAUAGCAGUUAGAUUUGGCGCCAGAUAAAAUUGAAUACAGGGUUGAACCUAUAGUAGUGGUUGUGAGGAAUAUUAUUUAUGCUUUGUUAUACUUAUUUUGUCAGUUUGUAGACUAGUGGAACUGAAUGGCGCCAGACUGACAUAUUGUAAAUAUUUCUAUACUUCAAAUGAGAUGUUGAAGGGGAUUCAAAUUAUAGUGUAGAUAACAAAACGGUGGUAGAUCAAUCGUACAUGUAACAUUCCAGUCCUAAACAUUCCUCAGACAUGUGAUUGAAAAUUUGUAGGUGAUAAAGAUUAUUUACUCCUUCGGUUCAAUUUUAUUUUCAAUUUUGCCUAAACCAUGUUAUACAUUUUUUACUAUGCAUUUUUUGAAUAUAUAUUUAUAUUGACUUUGGUUGUUGAAUAUUAAAAUAUUUUGAUGUCA